UUUCGAGCUCACCCAUGCUCAUGCUCCGCGUCGCGGGUGUUGUCGGCCUCGCGGUCCUCGGCCGCGUGCUCGCGUCUCCGCCGCAAUGUCGUCCUGAGCCUCCUUGGCACAUGCGCGUCGAUGAGUACGUCGUCGUCUUUGACUCGUAUGCGUCCGAGGCCGUCCACAGCGCCACCGUCGCCGCGGCCACUGCGGACCUCCGGAUCCAGGCGCAUGUGCGCCAUCGUGCACCCGCCUACCCGACCGACUUUGUGCUGUGGCAGCUCCGAUCGCCUCUAGCGCCGCGCGGUAUGUCGCUGGAUCCACGCCAUUAUGGCCCGUCGGCCGCCGACGUGCUGACGUCGCUGCGUGUGCACACCAACGUCAAGUCGCUCAGCCGCAACACGCGUCUGUCGCUCGCGCCGCAAUCGAUGAUGGCCGACGCACCAAAGGACCCACUGUCACCAUCGCCAACAGCGCUCGGCGCGAUCAACGGCAUCGACCACGUCGCCGAGCUCUGGGCGCGCAACAUUACAGGCCAAGGCGUCAAGGUCGGCAUCUUUGAUACCGGUCUUGCGCCGCCGGCGCGGUCGUUCUUUCACCACGUCCACGACAUCUCCAACUGGACCGACGAAGACGACCUGACGGAUGCGAAUGGCCACGGGACGUUUGUGGCUGGUGUCAUUGGCGGUGCGGUCGAGAGCUGCCCGGGCCUCGCGCCGGACGCGGCCCUCUACGUCUUUCGCGUCUUUAGCACCGACGGCGCUGUCUAUACCUCGUGGUUCCUCGACGCUAUCAACUAUGCGCUCUUCCUCGAGCUCGACGUCCUCAACUUUAGCAUCGGCGGCCCCGACUUCAGAGACAUGCCGUUCGUGGACAAGGUCGCCGAAGCCUCGGCCCAUGGAUUGAUCGUCGUCUCGGCGGCAGGCAACACGGGGCCGUACUACGGCGUCGUGACCAACCCGGCCGAUCAAGUGGAUGUCAUUGGUGUCGGCGGGCUCACGGCCGACUUGACGCACCUCGCUCCAUUUUCAUCUCGCGGCCUCACCACAUGGGAGAUUGAUGUUGGGUAUGGCCGCGUCAAGCCCGAUGUCGUUGCGCUCGCUGAAAACGUCUUGGGGCCGACGCCCGACGGCACGUGCACGGCGCUCAACGGCACGAGCAUGGCGGCGCCGCUGGUAUCGGGCGCGAUUGCGCUGCUGCUCUCGGCCAUGACACCCGUCCAGCGCCUCCGCUACGGCCACGUCGGGUUUGUCAAGUCGCUCUUGCUGCAGUCGGCGUCUCGGCUGCCGUCGCACCCGCAUGGCAACUCGAGUCUACACAAUGCAUGGCACCACAUCUACGAGCAAGGCGCUGGGCGACUCAAUCUGACGCAGGCGCUCGCCAGCAUGGAGCACCUUAUGGAAGAUCCGCGGCCGACGCUGCUACCUGCGUCGCUCGACCUCACCGACUGCCCGUACAUGUGGCCCCACUGCCGCCAAGCGUUUUACUUUGACGCGAUUCCCAUCGUGUUUAACGUCACGGUGGUUCAUCCCACGGCGGCCGCGAGCUCGUUUGCGUCGCCCCCCGAAUGGCUCCCCGGAUUGAACGGCGAUCUGCUCACGAUUACAACGUCGGGCACGGAGGUUGUCGUACGUCCGUAUACAGGCGCGUUUGGUGUCUUUGUGUCCGUGGCCUUUCCCGUGGCUUCGCCGGUCGUGGCAGAGGGGCGGCUACGGGUAACGCUGACUAAUGCUGGCAGUGUCGACCUUCUCGUGCGCAUUCCGCUGCAGCCGACGCCGCCGAAACACCGCCGCAUCUUAUGGGACCAGUUUCGGAACCUCCAGUACCCAUCCGCGUACAUCCCAAAAGACGAUGUGCUUGGCAUCGACCCGUUCGAUAACCACGGCGACCAUAUGCACACCAACUUUGCCGACCUGUGGCUGUCGCUCAUCGAGGCAGGGUACGCGGUUGAAAUCGCGACUGUCGACUACACGUGUCUGUCGCUGGCGGCGUACGGUGCGCUUUUGGUCGUGGACCCAGAAGAGCCGUGGUUCGAGGCUGAGCACGUCGCGUUGCGUGCGAGCUUGGAGCAUGCCAACACGUCGCUCUUCCUCGUCGGCGGCUGGUACAACGAAGCGGCCAUGGCGGCGCUGGAGCAAUGGGAUGCGAAUACGCUGAGCUACUGGCGACCGGUCGUCGGUGGCGCCAACGUCCCCGGCAUCAAUGCGCUAUUGGCGCCGUUUGGCAUUGCGUUUGGGACGUCUGUGUGGUCGUCGCUGCCGCGCACCGACGGCGUCGGCGUCGUCUCGAGUACGUCCCUCGUUCGGUUCCCAGUCGACGGCCAUGUCUACUAUGCGACGCUGCGCAACAUCACGGACACGACAUCUCGGACGAGUCCGCUGGCCACGCACGCGUGGGAGUCGGUGCCGAUUCUGGGCCACUACCAGAUUCCAGACGGUGGUCGCAUCGUGGUCAUGGGCGACGCUGCAUGCAUGGAUGCGAGCAGCGCGCAGGUUCUGAAGUGCUACGAUGUGGUGCUCGAGCUCCUGCGGUAUGCGACGACCAUGGAGCUGCCGGCGACGCGAGCGGAUCGAUGGGUGCAUCUGGCGUCCAAUCCGCUCGUGGCGUCGUUUCUACCAGUGACAGUGCAGCCGUCGACCGAGCUUUGGAAGCAGAGCAAAGUCAUGGGACCAACCAAGAAGCCCGGUGAGUGUGGACCAUAUAAGACAAUAUUGUCCAACAAGCAAAGCUAGUCGAUGCAUUGUAGAUGCACAGUGUAGAGGCAAACGAUAUGAUGCAUGCUUAGAUUGAGAACAGUUGCAGUCACGGGUUCUGCUUACAAGUCGCGGCUCGCCUGCGCCGCGGCGAGGG